GUUAAAUUUAAACGUCUUUGACAAGUAGAUAAUCAUUAUGCCUCUGCAAGAUCCUUGCCAAAAGUUUGCAUGUGAUUUGCAAUCUUGCCUCAGGGUGAAUGAUUACCAAGAAUGGAAGUGUCAACAUGUUAUACAAGCCCUGUACGACUGCUGUUCCAAUUGUGGCAAAGGAAACUCAGUUGUGUGCUCAGGUAUAAACUGCAAUUCUAAUCCUAUUGCUCAGAAUACAUCACUUAGGUAUUCAGAGGGUAAAAUACUUCCCGAUGAGCCAACCUUCUUAGCUAAUACUCCAACCAUUCUUUCCUUGGAAUCCAUGAAGCCUGAAAAUAUCAAUCCUGAAUCAGUUGACGAAUUUGUGGAUAAUAUGCCAACAGUUCUUCAGCCUUCCAUUCAAGCCAUUGAAAUUAGUAAGACAGACACUGACAAAAAAACUAAAAAGUCCAAUAAGUUGAAUGUUAAAAAAUUUUAAACUGAAAACUAAAAAAAAACAAACAACAACAGCAAAACAAUUUCAAUUAUGUUAAACAAAAGUUAAAUUUCAAUCUUUCUAGUGAAUAUAUUUUUUAUUCAAAGCUUCACACGUUUAAAUAGUUCUGUUCUACAUGUUUUGAACGUUCAAAACAUUUGAUUUUGUUAUAAUGUUUAUUUUUUUAACAGUUCUUUUUGAUGUGUGAAAGCUUAGUUCUUCUAUACAAUAGAUACACAGAAUAUUCAGCCAUUGCUAAUAUUUCAUUCUGCAUUUAGCAUUAGCAGAACUUGUAUAUUAACACUUGCUUUGUGGUCAUGUUUUCCACACUUAGAAGAACAUAGACACUUUAUAUUGAAAUGUGUUGUAAAGAUUUUUUCAGGCAUACGUUCACUAGUUAAAGUAGCUACUAUUGUAGAUGCACUAAAACAGAACAUUACUAUCUUUAAUGAGAUUGUUUCAAAAUACUUUAUACUCUAAAUGAAAACAGUGUUAAUAACUAGAUGCAGGGCUAAUUGUUUCAGAAAAGCAAUAGUCCUUUAAAUUCCUUACUAUGGCUCCUCACCUAACCAAAGCAUUGGUUUUGUUUUUCAACAUACUUAGUUUUUUUUAGAAGUAUGACUUUAUUGCCUGUAAUUUACUGUUGUCAUAUUGAAUAUAUAAUCUAGUCCAUCAUUGAAACUUACUAGCAGCUUAAGAGAUUGAUAUUAGUAAUUAAUUUCAGGCUUUGUAUUUUUCAUUUUUUAUCUUUAUAGAUAUGAUGAGAGGCCUUAUUUGUAAAUCUAGAGCAAUAAUUUAUGACAUGAGAAUUGUUAUUACUUCUUAUGUGACACAUGACAGGAGCCAUGAUGAGUUACCUUAAGUAAACCUAGGGCAAGAUAUAUGACAUGAAAAUUGCCACUACUCUUUGAUUUUGUCAAAUGACAGUAGCCAUAAUUGUGACAGAGAGUGUCUUGCAUACCAGUUGUUUAUUUCCAUUCUUUUGAUGAUGUUUUGACUUCCCCAUCUUACAUUCUUAAGAUCAUGACUAGAUUGACCUAGAAACAUGGGUAGACAUAAUCAUCUUCUUUGUUGAAGUAACGUCUUUAUUUCAGAAGAAGAUAAGAAGUUGAAACGUUUUCUGUCUCUCUUCCUCCUAAUGUCCAAGCAUAAGCAUUUAUUAUUUUUGUUUUUAUUUUAAAAAUGUACGUGUUACUAUACUAAUAUCUGUGAUUGCUUAUUAUUUGAUGUUGUACAAGAAGUUGUGGGCAAAUUAAAAAAAAAAAUACUCCCAAUGUAUUAAUUAAAAAUAUUAAUGUAUACAAUUUUUAUUUAUAUUGUGUCUGUUUUAAAGAUGCUUAUGUUUUAAAAUAUGCCUACUGAUAGAGUGACGAGAAUAAAAUAAAUAAUUUUUUUAUACCACAUUUUUUAACUGUCUCCACUGCUUGUAAAAAAAAAAAAGACCUUACGUUUUUGAGGCCUUCUCUAUUUUCUUUGUUUGAUUGUGUAGCACUACCUUGUUUUCUUCUCGUUUGGUACUGUGAUGCUAUGUCAUUUCACUUAUAUUAAGACAGAAUUGGUAGUUCUGUGCUGUGUAAACAGUGACUGCGAUUCAUGCCUUCAUUAGUUUUAGUCCUCCUGUAAUACAGUUGGAAAGGUUCAGGUCUGUUAAAGAAUAAUUGCUUUUGGUUAGAUUAAACCUAAAUGUAUCAAAUGCCCAAGGACCUGGAAGAAUUUUUGACCAAGUGGUUCAGUGUUUGGCUUCUAAACAAAAAGAUCUUGAGCUUGAACAUUAGAAUGUCCAGAAGUUUCAAGCCCAUCCGCAAAUUUCUGAACCUGAUUCAGUUUUCUAAAAAUAAAGACCCAACAUUUUUAAUGUGAAUAUGUAAUAGAUUUUUAAAAAUCUAGACCAUGAUAGCAUUCUACUUAUAUCAACAUCUUUGAGCAGUGAAAGAGAUACAGACUUUUAUUCUUAAAGCAACUAAAUCAAAACUUUAUUACAAAAGUGGCUAACAGUUGUUGAAAGUUUACAUUGUGUUGUGGUAUGUAAAUGAUGACUGUCUAAAUAAAAAAGUUUUUAUCUUGA